AUGCCUUCUAAUAAACCAAAACCUAUAUCUAUAAAUGAUCUUAUUAAAAAAAAAAAAAACGAAAGUGAACGCCAAAAAGUUCCAGUUUUUCUUUCGAAAGCACAACGCGAUAAGUUAGCAAAAGAGCGAUCGAAAAUUACAUAUAAUAUAGACAAAACUCUAUCUACAAAUAGUCCACAACAGCAUCCUGAAUCUAAUGACGUUCUCUCUGGUGUUGGUCAAACUAAUCAAAACAUAGAUAAAACUUUGGGAUCUAAAUUAAAGCCGUCAAAAAAAAGAGAAACCAAAUUUAAGUUUGAGUGGAAUAAUCAGGACGAUACAUUAGAUUUAAAUGAUCCGUUAUAUAUUUUCAAAAGCAAAACAGAAAGACGUGAAAAGCUAGAAAAUAAAGCAGAAAAACGAGAAAGAAAUUUAACAUCCCAUUUAAAUUUUGGAAAAAGUAAAAGGCCUAAGAUUGAUUAUAAUGAUUUACAUUGGUCUGAAAAACCCUUGGGUGAGAUGAAAGAACGGGAUUGGCGCAUUUUUCGUGAAGACUUUGAUAUUUUGACAAAAGGAGGAAAUAUACCACAUCCAAUAAGGUUUUGGGGAGAGUCUGAUAUUCCCCAAGAAUUACUCAGUAUUGUUCAUAAACUUGGAUAUAAAGAGCCAACUCCGAUUCAAAGAGCUGCUAUACCUAUAGCACUAUCUGGUAGAGAUGUUAUAGGUAUUGCUGAAACUGGGUCUGGAAAAACAGCCAGUUUUGUUAUUCCAUUACUUGCGUCAAUAAUGAAAUUUCCAAUCUUAAAUGAACUGACCAAACGCGAUGGUCCUUAUGCUAUUAUUUUAGCACCCACACGUGAACUAGCUCAACAAAUUGAGACUGAGACAAAAAAGUUUUUGAAACCACUUGCAUUUACUUGUAUGUCUAUUGUAGGUGGUCAUAGUAUUGAAGAGCAGGUACAUAAAUUGAAUUUAGGUGCCGAAAUUGUUAUUGCAACUCCUGGCAGACUCCUUGAUACUUUAGAACGUAAGGUUCUUGUUCUUAGUCAAUGUCGAUAUGUUGUUAUGGAUGAGGCCGAUAGAAUGAUAGAUUUGGGAUUUGAAGAACAAGUUAAUAAAAUAUUAAAUGCAUUACCUAGCCAAGAGAAUAACUCAGACAGCUUAUCCAUGUCGAAUUUUAAAGGAAAAUCUUGGCAGACAAUGAUGUACACUGCAACUUGGCCUCGUGCAAUAGAGCGAUUAUCCGAAAAAUAUUUAUGCUCUCCUGGUGUGGUUACUAUUGGAAAUACGGGACAAGCAACUGAAAGAGUUGAGCAAAGAACUGAGUUUAUUGGAAAUGAAGAGAGAAGAUUACAACGAUUAUUAACCAUACUUAACUCCGGUAUCUUUAAACCUCCAAUUAUCAUUUUUGUUAAUUUUAAACGAAACUGUGAAAAUUUAGCGCAAGAACUUAAUUAUAAUAAAUGGCGAACAGUCACAAUGCAUGGCUCUAAGUCACAGGAUCAACGUGAAGCUGCAUUGUCUCAACUUCGUUCGGGUGAUGCAGAUUGUUUGGUUGCAACAGACGUAGCUGGGCGUGGUAUUGAUAUUUCUAACGUUUCUUUGGUUGUGAAUUUUCAAAUGGCUAAAACAAUAGAAAAUUAUACACACAGAAUCGGACGAACAGGGCGAGCAGGAAUGUCUGGUGUUGCAAUAACAUUUUUGGGGCCUGAAGAUGAGGAAGUGAUUCCAAAUUUGAAGCAAAUCAUUUCAAAAUCCAAGGUUAGUCAUCUCUCAGAUGAUUUAAAACGUUAUGACACCAGUAAAUUCGCAUCUAAUAUAAAAUAA